ACCAAAGGCCAUCAGACUGUUAAAUAGUCACCACUAGCCAGCCUCUGCACAGUACCCUGCCCUGAACUUUAGUCACUAUUUGAUCUCACACAUGUUUGUGACGUACAAACAACACUUAUUCAAUCAGUUUUGUCCAGUGGGUACAUGUUGCAUAAGCAUGAUUUAGCCUACUACUCUAUAAGUAAACUAAAAAAGAUAAGGUGUACAGCUGAUGUGCAGGUAUGAUUUAUUUGGUUUUAUUUAUUGAGCUCAUGUCUCAGUUCUAGAAGGAACAUGUGAGUGGACCAGAAGCAGUGCCCUUUGAGCAAGUUGUUGAUUGACAGACAGAGCUCAUUGAUUACACACACAACCUGAGACUAGUACGCUACUACUACAGUAUUAUAGUAGGGAGCCGAUUAGCCUGGACAGGUAACAGUUAAAUCUGAGCAGGUAAACUCCUGCAUAUGUGGCAUGAAAGAGCAGACUCAUCUGAGCAGGUAAAGCAGCAAAACCUCAGCACGUGAAAGUCAUGAAGUUGUGUGGUGACACUGGUGACUAUCUCUUUGGAUCUGUGAGGCUGGAGGCUUUGAAGCGGCGGAGGGCAGGAUGGGGCUAUCCCACCACUCUGCUGUGCAUCUAUGGGUUUUUCAGUACUGUGAAACCUAUAGAACCUUUCCUCAUACCUUACCUGACAGGUCCAGACAAAAACCUGACAGUGGAAAAGGUGACCAACGAGAUUUUCCCUGUGUGGACAUACUCCUACCUGGCUGUGCUGGUGCCCGUCUUCCUGCUCACCGAUUGGCUGCGCUACAAGCCCGUCGUGGUGUUCCAGUGCAUCAACCUCUUUGUUACCACGGCAAUGCUGCUCUGGUUGCAGGGAGUGGCAGCCAUGCAGGCAAUGCAGUUUGCCUACGCCGUGGUGACAGCCAGCGAGGUGGCCUACUUUUCAUACAUCUACAGCAUAGCGGAGCUGAAACACUACCGCAAAGCUACAUCCUACUGCCGUAGUGUACAGCUGCUAGGCUACACAAUGGGAUCUGUGCUGGGACAGUUGUUGGUCAGUUUCAACCUCAUGUCCUACAACAACAUCCUGGUACUUACCCUGGUGUUGAUCUCCAUCGCCCUGGUGACUUCCCUCUUCCUGCCCAUGCCACAGAGAAGCAUGUUUUUCCAUCGGAGUCAGGAUAGGCAUGAAACUGGAAAUGUAGAAGAACAGGACGCCCAAGAACUACCAGAGGCCCUAGGAAGAGAGGACAUGUGUGCAGGUGAUGGGGAAAUGGCAGAGUCCCCUGAGGAGCCAGUGAGAACUAGGAGCUGCAGCCAGGUUCUUAUCCAGCUGUGGAGAGACUUCCUCCAGUGUUACUCUACCAGGGAGCUGCUGUACUGGUCAGUGUGGUGGGCACUUGCCACCUGUGGCUAUAACCAGACAGUCAACUAUGUUCAGGUGCUGUGGCAGCACGUAGAGCCAUCCCAGAACUUCACAGUCUACAAUGGAGGGGUGGAAGCUGUGUCCAACCUAUUUGGAGCAGCGACAGCCUAUGGUAUUGGUUUCACCCAGGUGGAUUGGGCCCAGUGGGGAGAGUUGGCUCUGGGUUCAUUCUCUGGCCUGGGAGCUGCAGCCCUUUUCACGAUGACUUUCACAGCCAACAUCUGGGCCUGCUACGCUGGCUACAUUGUCUUCAAGUGCCUCUACAUUCUGCUCAUCACCAUAGCCAUGUUCCAAGUUGCUACUGAUCUCUCUAUGGAGAGAUAUGCACUGAUCUUUGGAGCAAACAACUUUGGGGCUUUGGUCCUUCAGACUAUCAUCACAUCUGUUGUGGUGGAUGGCAGGGGGCUGGGCUUGGGCAUCAUCCCACAGUUCAUCAUUUAUGGAAGCUACUUCUCAGCCAUCGCUGUCAUUUUCUUUCUGAGAGGUGUGUACACGAUAAUGAGAGUGCGGCAAAGCCACAGAGACUCCACCGCUGCAGAGGAGCCUCCAAGUCUGAAAGACAGUGACACUUGCCCUGAACAAAGACUGAGCAGAAGAAACUGACCACUGGGCCCUGGGUCGUGUUCGGUAGGCACAGAAUGGGAGAAAACGUUUGGAAAUGGGGAGUUUCUACCUGAAUGUGUCCAAAAAUAAAGCACAUUUUUGUUUUCUGUUACAAAACGUUUUGGUACAUUGUGCCCUACUGAAUUAGACACCGAUGACAUUCCA